AUGAACUGGGAAAGUGAUGUAGAGGAAGAGAUUUCAGAGACAGAGGAUCCUUCAGAGCCAGAGGACAAUGCUAUUGAUGAUCCAGAUUAUCAAUUUUCCCACGAUGAGGAGGUUUCAGAGGACGAGUCUGCCGGUUUCCCUUCAUCAGAUGAAAAACAAGAAACGUCAUCCACAGAGGGGACAUGGACAUCUAAAGAUGGUAAAGUAAAAUGGUCAACAUCACCACACCAAAGCCGAGGCAGAUUGACAUCAUCUAAUGUCAUCAAAAUUACUCCUGGUCCGACAAGAUUUGCCACAAGAGUUGAUGAUAUUGAAUCAGCAUUUCAGCUCUUCAUAUCCCCACCCAUAGAGAAGAUAAUCCUCAACAUGACCAACUUGGAGGGGAGGCGUGUCUUUCAAGAAAAACGGAAGCCACUGGAUCCAACUGACUUGCAUGCUUACAUUGGAAUUCUGGUGUUAGCUGGAGUAUACAGGUCAAAGGGUGAAGCAACUGCAAGUUUAUGGGAUGAAGAGAAUGGAAGGCCAAUCUUCCGAGCAACAAUGUCUUUGGAGACAUUUCACAUGAUCUCUCGUGUGAUCCGAUUUGACAACCGUGACACCAGAGCUGGUUGACGCGAGAGAGACAAACUUGCAGCGAUCAGAGAUGUCUGGGAUAAAUGGGUCGAAAUCCUGCCUUUACUGUAUAAUCCUGGCCCCCAUGUUACUGUCGAUGAGCGCCUUGUUCCAUUCAGAGGACGCUGUCCUUUCCGACAGUAUAUGCCAAGCAAGCCUGCGAAAUAUGCAGCCUGUGAUGCAAAAUCCAGUUAUGCGUGGAACUUGCUGGUAUAUACUGGAAAGCCACCUGGAGGAGCACCUGAGAAGAAUCAGGGAAUGCGUGUGGUAUUGGAGAUGACUGAAGGGCUGCAAGGUCAUAACAUCAAAUGUGACAACUUCUUUACAUCCUACAGUCUUGGAGAUGAACUUCCCAGUGAGAUUUUGAAGAUGCAAGGAAGACCUCUGCAUUCCUCAAAAUGUGCUUUCACGGAGAAAACAACACUUGUUUCUUACUGCCCAAAGAGAAACAAGAAUGUUCUUGUGAUGAGCACAAUGCACAAAGAUGCAUCUCUGAGCACAAGAGAGGACAUGAAGCCACAAAUGAUCCUGGAUUACAACGCCACCAAAGGAGGAGUUGACAAUCUUGACAAAGUCACAGCAACAUAUAGCUGCCAGCGCAAGACUGCCCGUUGGCCCUUGGUGGUUUUCUACAACAUUGUGGAUGUGUCUGCUUAUAAUGCCUAUGUGCUGUGGAUUGAGAUCAACCAGCAGUGGAAUGCCAGCAAACUGAACCGACGUCGACUUUCCCUGGAAGAACUAGGCAAAACACUCGUCACUCCCAAGAUCCAGAACCGGGCCAGGCCAGCUCGAGCCCCAGCAGCUGCCAUCACAAAGGUCUAG